CGUAUUUAAUAAACAAAUAAAAAGGAAAAACCACUUAGUAUGAAUGUCAUAUUAGUCAAUUUAUCUUAUAAUUCCAAUUACUUAGUAUUUAAUUUUUUUGUUCAGAAAAGAACGAUUUCUUUUAAUCAAUAGAAUAUACAAUUAAGUAUAAAUUCGUUUUUGUAUUUAAUCACUUAUAUUUGAUUGAAUUAAUCAAAGAAAUAAAUUACUGGUUCCACUGAUAUUGUGUUGUAGAUACAGCUUGUCACCAGCAGAAGAAAAUCAUGUUCUAUAAUGUAAUGUCACUGGGCUGGAAAGUAAUUAAAACAUUUACUAAGAGAAGUGUGGUUGCUACGGCUUAUAUAGGUUAUGUUGGUUGUGUCCUUCACUGCACUCAGGAAUAUCUGACCGAUGUUGUGAUUUGUCAGGGACCUUCUAUGGAGCCCACCCUUUUUUCACAUGAUGUAAUAUUGACUGAACAUCUUUCCAUCACGAGGAAAAAGAUUAAGAGAGGUGAUAUAAUUAUUGCUAAAUCUCCUUCAAAUCCUAGAGAGUACAUCUGCAAGCGUAUCAAAGGCAUUCCCGGUGAUAAAAUUAAAAAAAAUUUAACUACACAUGUUGUUCCUCUUGGUCACGUCUGGUUAGAAGGAGAUAAUCACUCUAAUUCUACGGACUCUAGAACUUAUGGCCCUGUACCAAUAGGGCUUUUGAGAAGUCGUGCUUUAUGUAGGAUUUUUCCUUUUGAAAGAGCUCAAAUGUUUUCUAAGACUUGAGUCCAUGUGCUGUGUAAAUGAAUGCUUGUAAAUGUUUAUCCUUUUUAGUUGAUAAUAGGCAAGUUUUCUAAUGUGGAACCAGAAGAGCAUGCUCCAUUUCACUUCAACUUUCUUUUUUUUUUUUUUUUCAACUUUCUUUCUUUCUAUUUUGUAAAUAUUCAACUUUUCAAAAUAUACAGUUCAUAGUUUCUCUGCGACAUCGUAAAUCUUUAGUUAAUUUUAAUAGUUAUUCUUUCAAUAUUUAAAAUAAUUAUAUAAAGGAAACUAUAACGAUAUAGAUUUUAAAGCUUCAUGAGUAAUUAAAUUAAUAUUUUUCAGAAACUUAGAAUUGAAAUUGUGUGAAUAAAUGGUUAAAUAUUUUUGAUUCUUUAGUAGCAAAUGGUUGAGUUUUUUAAUGGGGAACCAGAGGAGCAUACCCCAAUUUCCUUCAGCUUUCUAAUUCGUAAACUUUCAACUUUUCAAAGUAUGCAGUUCAUAACUUUUGUAUGACAUUGUAAGUCUUUAAUUAAUUUUAAUAAUUCUUUUCUCAAUACUUAAAAUAAUUAUGUAAAGUAAACUAUAACAAUGCAGAUUUUAAAACUUCACAAAUAAUUCAAUUCAUCCUUUCCACAAACUUAGAAUUUAGUUUCUGUGUUGCAUAAAUAAAUGGUUAAAUAUUUUUAUCCUUUGGUUAAUAAUGGGUGAGUUUUGCUAUGUGGAACCAAAGGAGCAUGCUCCAAUUCACUUCAACUUUCUAUUUUAUAAACCUUCAACUUUUCAUAGUAUGUAGUUCAUAGUUUCUGUAUGACAUUGUAAGUCUUUAAUUAAUUUUAAUAAUUCUCUUUUCAAUACUUAAAAUAAUUAUGUAAAGUAAGCUAUAACAAUGCAGGCUUUAAAACUUCACAAAUAAUUCAAUUCAAUUCUUCCUAUUUAGAAAAUUUGGAUUUAUUCCCUCUGCUAAUUGGUUUUCACAAAUUACAUUAAAAAAUUAUCGAAAAUUUAAACUUGCUCCCUGAUUCCAAUUUUUAUUACAAAAAAAGUAAUAUUUUCUAUCCUAAUGUUUCAAACAUUUUAUUUAUCAAAGUUGUUGGUCCUCCUUGGCAAUAAACCGAGGAAAGAAAAGGCUGUUAUCUUUGUUUUCCAGCAUUUAAACGGUUUGAACUUUUGCCUCUCUUUACAUUUGGCAGAAGUUUUAAUUAUUUGUAGCAUAAUUUUUUCAAUUGGAUACUGGCUUUGUGUUAUAGUACUCUCCCAAUAUUUAUGCUCGUGAAUCAUUAUUUUUAUUGAUUGAAGUGUAAAUAAAUAACUGAACAUUAAAUCAAAGACAUAUUAUUUAAAUGUAAUAUUAAUUUUGAAAUAGUAAAAUAGACUACUCAGUAAGUUUACAGUUCUUUAAUUAAAUUUUUCUAAAAUUGAUCUUACAUACAACUUGUUACAUACUGCAUGAUACUACUUGUCAACUUUUCUCCUUUUUUUAAUGUGUUGCAUUAUUUUAUUCCUUCUGUAUUUAAACCAGGCAUAGCUUUUAACACUAUUUAAUUUUGUUACCUUAAAGUAUACUUUAUGUUUUAAAUCUCAUUUAUUUAGUCUGAUGCAUAUCAGCUGCAUGUUGCUCUUAUAUUUUUGAACAUAAAUUAUGUCUAGGAAAUGAAAUAGGUAUACUCUUUUACACACCUUGACAAAAACUAAAAGAAAAAAAUCUGUAUAUUAUUGUAGUGAAAAAUUUCACAUAAGCAUGGUGAAUUUUAUUUCUAUAGGCUUUGAUCACAAUGUUUUAAUAGUGUCCAUUUGGUUAGCUAAAGUAAUAAAGCUAGAAGUACCCUUAUAAAAAAUCUUCUGUGCAUUUAUUUUUUUUCUUUUCCUUUUUUUUUCUAUUACUCUAUUUAUAUUGUUUGAAAACUCUACUUUUAAAAAAAAUGUGUGAGGUUCCAGUUUAGUAUCUAGUCUGUAAAUCAUGCCUUAUAAACUAAAAUAUAAAACUUAUCUACAUGCCUGUUAGAUUGUCUUUACAAGAAUAUCAGUUUUUAGACUUCAUGAACUCAUUAUUUAUUAUUACUCUAAUGUUCCUAAUAAAUAAAUUAUAAAUAUU